GGCAUAGCAUGAGGAUGUACAUUGUUACAUACGCGCUUAUAAUGAGCGUGAUGAAUCUACAGAGAGGAGCUAAUUGCCAAGCUCUUUUUCCAAACGAUGGCUGCAACGUAGAAGACACAGAGAGAUUGCGAGAGGAAGUAACGAGACUAAGGACUGAAAUAAAUGACUUAAAAAGUUACCAUCCUCUUGGUAAAAACUAUUCGACAAAGGUUGGCUUUACUGCGUAUAUUGGUAGUCAACCCAGCGUAAAUGCAAAUGACAUUUUGGUUUAUACAGAUGUUAGAAGCAAUAUUGGAGGCUUAUAUGACAAGGAUACAGGGGUAUUCCAGAGCGACAGACCCGGAAUGUUCGUUUUCUUUGUCUCACUCGAGUGCAAAGUUGAACGUGUAGAUAUUAGUCUCAUUAUUGACGACAGAAGAGUUGGAGAAACAGCCUGUUUUAGUGAUAAUGUGUUUAACAUUGUAUCGUUUUCAGUCGUUUAUAACUUGUUGAGUGGAUCAAAAGUCUGGAUAAAAGUAACACUUGCAUCUAAUGCUUAUGUGUACCGAAAAACAAGUUUUGGAGGUUAUUCAGUGUAAAUCCCUCGGGUUAAAUCUUUUUGAUUUUGGAUUUUUAUGCGUCCGAAUCGAUAGAUUCGUUUUUGUCCUGUCUGUUUGUUUAUUUGUCUGUCUCUCUGUCUGUUGUCAACUUUAUUCUUCGCCAUAACUUUUGAACAGUGAGAGAUAGAGACUUCAUAUUUGAUAUGCAUACUCCACUAAUUAAGCACUUUCAACACCAAGGUCAAUGACCUUGUGACCUUGACUGUGACCUAUAUGCUAAACAUAUAGCUUUUUCGAACUUUUGCCAUUUACUAACUUUUGAACCAUAUUAGAUAGAAACUUUAUAGUUGGCAUGCAAACUUCGAUAAUUAAGGUCUUUCAAAUAACGCCAAGGACAAUUUUCUUGUGACCU